UAAUUCACAUGCAACAUGGAUUUAUCUACGGAUGCUACUGGUGCACGACGGAAUUCAUUUACAUCGCAACAAAAUAUUGCCCAUGAUAUAAUCGCUGAUAUUUAUGUAGCAUCCGAUGGGCCGGAUGAAUUUAGUACAUUUACCACGGAUAUUUCAUUAAUCAAAGGUGUUGGUCUAGGUGUUGCUCAUACUGCGGGUGCUGCAGCAACAAUACCAGCUACCACCACCACUAGCAGAGCCAACAAUAAACGCAGCUAUUCAUUCGAUACGAUUAAAUUUCAAUUUCCACAAUUGCAACAGCCCUCCUCAACCUCCGCUCGACCACAACAGCAAUUGCCACCUACCCUGGCCACAAUAGCUGCUCGUAAACAACGCCAGCGCAGCCAAUCUGCUCAAUAUUUAAAUACGACUUUAGUCAAACCAGCACCACCAACACCAACCUUCACCGACAGCCACCAAAAUUUCAAGAGCGACGAGGAUUUGAAUGAGGAAGAAUUCAUAGAUUCUUUAAUUGCUGAAUACAGUUUUUCGCAGGACGAUUACAACAACAAUAACAACAACAGCAGCAAUAAUAAUUUCCAUAAUGACGGCAAUGAGGGUGAUGACGAAAACGAGGAAAAUAUCGAAGAUGAUGAGGAUUUAACACAAGUCUCUAGUUUCGAUGACGACUGUUAUGUGCUGGAUGUGCACAGUUCGAUGCGUAAAGAAAUUUUUGUUAACCGUUCGCUACAUUUGGAAAAUAUUAAAUUCUAUGGCUUCGAUAUGGAUUACACUUUGGCCGAAUACAAAUCUCCCCAGUAUGAACAAUUGGGUUUCGAUUUGGUCAAAGAGCGUUUGGUUAGCAUGGGCUAUCCCAAAGAAAUCAUGCAAUUCGAAUAUGAUCCCUCCUUUCCCAUUCGUGGUCUCUGGUUUGAUACUCUGUACGGCAAUCUAUUAAAAGUUGAUGCCUAUGGUAAUAUUUUAGUGUGUUGCCAUGGUUUUGAAUUUCUAAAACAUUCUCAAGUUUAUGAAUUGUAUCCAAAUAAGUUUUUAAAAUUAGAUGAAUCCCGUGUUUAUGUCUUAAAUACUCUCUUCAAUUUACCAGAAACUUAUUUAUUGGCCUGUUUAGUGGAUUUCUUUACAAAUAGUUCGGUGUACACAGAAGAUCGCACUGGUGUCAAAGCUGGUGAAUUAUUUAUGUCUUUCAAUUCCAUAUUCCAAGAUGUCCGCCGCGCAGUGGACUGGGUGCACAUACAGGGCGAUUUAAAGAAAAGAACUGUAGAGAACCUCGAUUACUAUGUUAAGAAAGAUGCCCGUCUACCCAUGGUCUUGGCACGCAUACGCGAAUCGGGCGCCAAAGUUUUCUUACUAACUAACAGCGAUUACAAUUUCACCAAUAAAAUUAUGAAUUAUAUUUUCGAUUUUCCACAUGGCGCCAAGCCCGAAGAACCACAUCGUGACUGGAAGACCUAUUUCGAUGUUAUUGUGGUGGAUGCCCGCAAACCUUUAUUCUUUGGUGAGGGUACCAUUUUGCGUCAAGUUGAUACCAAAACGGGAGCUUUGAAAAUUGGCACCCACAUUGGUCCCCUACAGCCGGGUCAAGUUUAUUCGGGUGGUUCGUGUGAGGUCUUCACAAAUUUCAUAAAUGCCAAGGGUAAAGAUGUAUUGUAUAUUGGUGAUCACAUAUUUGGUGAUAUAUUGAAGUCGAAGAAGAUUCGUGGUUGGCGUACGUUUUUGGUGGUGCCGGAAUUGGUGCAAGAAUUGCAUGUAUGGACUGAUAAGUGUCAAUUUUUCGCAGAGUUGCAGCAAUUGGAUUGUCAAUUGGGUGAAAUGUAUAAAAAUCUCGAUUCGAGCACCAAAGAAAAACCCGACAUUUCCAAAUUGCGAGCCUCCAUUCGCGAUGUUACCCACAAAAUGGACAUGGCUUAUGGCAUGAUGGGUUCUCUUUUCCGUUCCGGUUCUAGACAAACAUUUUUCUCCAGUCAAGUGGUCAGAUACGCAGAUUUAUAUGCAGCCACAUUCUUGAAUUUCAUUUAUUAUCCAUUCUCCUAUAUGUUCCGUGCCCCGGCCAUGCUGUUGCCUCAUGAAUCGACAGUGGCCCAUGAGCAAAGAUUCCAUCAAGAGACACCCAUGAUACAGAGAGGCAGAGGAGGUAAAACCGAAUCGAAUACAACGAUUGCAGCCAGUAACAGCUCGUUGACUGAGGCUAAAAUUAAUGAAUUUGUAGCGGCAGCCACGGGAACACAAACAGAAGAUGUUAAUAAAGUUGAAGCUGAAGAUAAGCCCGCCACUGUGCCUCAUACCCGCCCCAGUACCCCUCGCACUGUUACCCAUACCCACGAUGAAGAUUAUUCGGAAGAGGAAUCUGAUCCCAACAACAAAAGUGAUGGUGAAAAUGGCCAAGAUGCCGAGCCAAAGGAAACCAAAAAUUAAUUCACUUUAAGAAUCUUUUGCAAAUAGCAAAGAGAUUAGAAAAGUUGCAGCUGGUUGAACCAGUUGUUUUUCCAAAAUAAAAAAACAAAAAAAACCCAACAAAAUAAUUAUUAAUUACCAAUGUUAUAUAUAACCAUGUUUAUUAGGAAUUUUUUUGAAACUGAAAAGAUUUUAAUGUUUUUAUUAACGAUUUUAUUAUUAUAAUUAUAUGUAUGAUGUAUGUAUUAUGUACAAUAUUUUUAUUUUAUUAGUCUAUUUUGUAUUGUUUUAUUAUUUUAUUUUUAUUUUUUUAAAAAAUUUAUGUUAACUUUUUUAUGUUUCCAUUAAAAUUAAAAUUGAAAUCGUUGAUAAUUUUUACACAUGUAGAGCUUGACAUUUAAUAACAAAUAAAAAGAAAUAUUUAAAAUUAUAUAAAAGAAAUCAAA